CAUAGGAUCUCUUGAUCUAAAACAAGUAUAUAAGCCGAAAUUUGCAAAUUAUCAUCACUCUCGUGGUAACCAACAAUAUCACACAAUGAAAGCUUUUGUGUGCUUUGCUCUCUUGGCUGUAGUAGCUGUAGCUGCUGCUAAAGAUGAAAAACCAAAGGACCCCAAGAAACGUAAUGUUUUUGGUGGAUUUGGUGGAUACUCCACCGGAUUCUCCGGACUUAACGGUGGUCUCUUGAGCUCCGGCGCCGCUUUCGACAACAGCGCCGCUUACGGAUACUCCAGCUUGGGAUCCUUCGGAGGUGCUUCUGCCCUCAACGCCGGUUCCUUCAGCUCCGGAGCUGCUUUGGCCGAUUCUUCCUUGGCUUUGGGAGGUCACUCCUUGGGCUACUCUACCUACGGUGAUGCUGCCAUCAGCGGUGCCUCUUUGGCCGCUCCAGUAGUAUCCUCCGGAUUCGGCGCUGCCGCUCCAGUAGUAUCCACCGGAUUCGCUGCCUCUCCAAUUGAAUCAUCUGCUUACGACACCGCUUCUCUUGGACUCGGUUCCUUUGGUGGUGUGUCCACCUUAGGAGGAGUAUCCGCUUUGGGAGGAGUAUCCCACUUCGGUGGAAUCGCCGCUGCCCCAGCCGUUGAAUCUGUAGGACAUGUCCAAGUAGGCGCUCCCCUUCACCACGUAUACCAAGCUCAAGCCGGACAAAUCAUCGGCAGGAACUUGGGAGUCCAAGUACAAAACCACGUAGUCAAAACCGUCGUAGAAAAGGUAGCCGUACCAGUACCACGCCCAGUAGCUGUACCACAAUACAGGACCGUCCAUGUACCAGCCCCAUACGCCGUCCACUCCCAAAAGAACGUCGCCGUACCAUACAAAGUAACCGUACCAGUUGCUGUAGAAAGGCCAGUCCCAGUCCAAGUACCACACCCAGUUGCUGUCCCAUACAAAGUACCAACCCCAGUCGAAGUAUCCAGACCAUACCCAGUCAAAAUCACCAAGACCAUCACCGUCCCCGUUGAAAGACCAGUUUACAUUCGUGUACCAGAAACCAUAAGAGUACCCGUCGCUCAACCCGUCCCAGUACCAGUAUCCCACCCCGUCAAUGUAGCUGUCCCAGAACCAGUUAUCGUUAGAGUACCAGAAGCCAUCAAUGUAGGAAGCCGCGUACACACCCACACCGAUUACAACAGCGCCGCUGGUUUGGCUGGAGUAGCCACCGGAUACGCCGGUCUUGGCUCCUUCUCCUCUGGACUCACUUACGGUUCUGGAGUAUCCGGUUUGGCUUACGGCUCUGGUUUAUCCACCAUCGGCUCCGGACUUAUUAACUCCGGAGUAUCCACCAUCGGCUCAGCUGGACUUAUCAACUCCGGAGUAUCCCACAUCGGCUCCGCUGGACUUAUAAACUCCGGAGAAUCUACCAUUGGAUCCGGACUAAUCGACUCCGGUGUAUCCACAAUCGGAUCCGGACUUGUAGACUCCGGUGUAUCCACCUUUGGAUCCGGACUUGUCCACUCCGGUGUACACACCAUCGGAUCUGGCCUUAACUCCGGAUACGUAACCAAAAAAAUUAUUGUUUAAAAAUUGAUCAACAUUCCUUUUAUGUUUAAAUAAAAAAAUAAAAAAACUACUAAUAAUAAUACAA